AUGUACCCUAAACAAAAAUUCGUACCAGAAUUGACAUCAAGAGAUAGUUCCAUAGUGACCGGUGCGAGAAGGAAGGUCGAGAGAGCAGGUGCGAAGUCGAGCAAAAACAAUAUAGAAAAUGAGAAAGAUUCAGACAAGGGUACCAAGAAACCUUCAAAGCCACCUGAACAACCUAAGCAAGACUAUAUUCAUGUUCGGGCCAGAAGAGGUCAGGCUACCAAUAGCCACAACUUAGCCGAAAGAGCCCAUAGAGAAAACAUCAGUGAAAGGAUGAAGAUUCUCCAAGAUUUAGUUCCUGGUUGUAAUAAAAUUAUCGGCAAAGCUCUUGUGCUGGAUGAAAUUAUUAAUUAUAUUCAAUCUUUACAGCGCCAAGUUGAGAUGAAGCUCGAAGCAGUAAAUGCAAGAGAGACCAUUGAUGGAUAUCCUUCUAAAGACAAUGCCAGAAGACCUGGUGUGCUCAUUAAUGUUGGUUCUGCUUAG